AUGGGGCUGCACUUCAUCAUGGAACAUCUGGAUCAACCAAGGACAACAAUGACGACAGUGAUUGUUUUUCCUCUUCUCUUUGCUGCUCUUCUUGCCGUCGGGUCAUGCGGCAUGCCAGGUGGCUUAUCGGACAUAGAUCCCAACUCUCCAGAAUUCCAAGAGGCUAUGAAUUUUGCUGUUGCUGAAUACAACAGACACACCAACGACUUUUACUACCGCAAAGUGAUAAGAGUGUUAAGUGCGCAGAGUCAGCUGCAUCACAUAACUGAUGUGGUUGCAGGUGAAAAUAUAUACAUGACUUUGAUUCUAGCCAGAACUCCAUGCAGGAAGACCGAUCCAUCUAGUAAACACUGUCCCAUCCACAUUCACCCACACCAUGCUAAGCAUUAUACCUGCACGUUUGUUGUGUGGAGCCGCGCGUGGCUAAAUGAUAUCCAGCUUGUGGAGACGAAAUGUCAGUGAGCUUCGUGGGAUUGGUGGAGUUUGCACAAUAAACUUCACUCCGAGUUUGAUCACUUUUCGGAUGCACUUCUACAGUAUUAACAUCUAAUUUUAGCUUUACAGCUUCUUUCAAACUUCAUUAUAAAAUGGAUUAUUUGGUGCUUCAACAUAAAAAUGCAUAAAUCUUUCUGUUAAAACCCUACAUGAUUGUAUUACAUGGUUUGAUAUACUUUCAUGAUCAUGUGUGUGUGUGAUCUAUGUAAACAGGUCCCUUUUGGGCUCCAGAUGGUUCUUAUUCUGAUGUGAUUUGCCUGAGUAGUCUUUUCUUCAGGUACUCAAUAAGGCUUUGAAGCAGAAUACAAAAACUAUAAAUACUAAUUACCACCUGACACUUGACUUGUCCAGUUUUUCUUUUUUUCCCAUUUUGAGUUUAAU